CUUGCGUUUCGACAUUGGAUAGAGAGAGAGAAGCGAAAGUAGAGAAGAUGAUCGAAGUGGUACUAAACGAUCGGCUGGGAAAGAAGGUUAGGGUGAAAUGCAACGAUGACGACACCAUCGGAGACCUGAAGAAGCUCGUCGCCGCUCAGACGGGGACGAGAGCCGAUAAGAUCAGGAUUCAGAAGUGGUACAACAUCUACAAAGAUCAUAUCACCCUCAAAGACUACGAGAUUCACGAUGGCAUGGGCCUCGAACUCUACUACAACUAAAAUUGUUUGUCUAUUCAAGGUUCGCUGUUGAAGGUGCUUUUGUCUGAUGGUUCACAGAACAG